AACCUCGUUUUUAUUUAUUUUUUUAUUCUUUUUUAUAUCUGUGAAUAAAAAAUGAAAACGACAAAUAAGCCGCUCUUGCUUAUACUAGUCCAUAUCAUAAUAUAUUAUUUGAAUGAAUGCACCGCUGAAUUAACAAAUACAACUAUCCAAGAAAGUACCGUCGGAUUUAAUUUAAUUGAUACUGGUUCCCAAUUUACAGACAAUACAAUUGUCUUGCGCGCGGUUCGAUUGGAUUACACCAAUGGUAUCUGUAAUGAACCAAAAAUUUCUUUUCGUACCGUUAUACCUGGUCAAGGGGCAACGGUAUAUUCAUUGGAUUUAGGUGAUGAUGGCAAUGCUAGAAUACCUCAGGAUAAUUUUUGUCCUCCAACACCUUCGAAAAGAAAAAGAUGGUAUAUAUUUUAUGACAAUUAUAAACGGGAUAAAUCAAUGAGAAGAGUUUUUCAUAAAAGAACUCCUACUACUACAGUUCACUCUGAAGCUAAAUCAAGUAAAUCAACAAGUCCAGCUAGUUCAGCUAAUCCAGCUAGUCCAGAUAGUCCAAAAGGAGGCAAAUCACCCGAAGGACCAACACCAGCGCCGGAACCAUCAUCAUCACCAGCACCAGCACCGUCACCAUCAUCAUCACCAGCAUCAGCACCGUCAUCAACACCAUCACCAUCACCAGCACCAAAAUCAGAAGGACCCAAAGCUGCUAAUGAUAAAAUAAAAGUUCUAACAUUUUAUAACGAAUUUGUUUUAAUAUAUUAUCCAUGUGGAGGAAAAUUUUGUGGGGAUAUAUAUUCAAUAAAAAAUAUCAACCAUUUAGUAAAGAAUAUUGAACUUGAGGGUAAUUGUGAUGAGACAAAUGCAGUACAAGGUCCAAAUGGAUUCCUGUAUUUAUGUUAUCAUGAUGUUGAUUCAUCAAUAAUAUGGGAAAGUUGGACAACAGAUGGUGCUGAAUUUAAUAAAGCCUAUGGCGGAUCAAUAUCAAACGUGACAGUACCAAAUAAGUUAGAGUCAGAAAGCUUUGGUGGAGGAUUAUUUAAAGUAUUUGCAGCUGGACCAUCACAAUAUUCUAUAAUUAUGGGAUCAUUUGCUGGGAAACCAAAUCCAAAAAAUAAUGUUUAUAAUCCACCAAUUGAAUUAUUCGCUUAUUUUUUAACAGAUGCAACACUUAUUAGUGGACCUUAUCCUAUCUAUCAAAACAUUCAAAAUAAUCAACUCUUAGAAGUAGAAUUUCAAAUUCAAGCAUGUAAUCCUAUAGAAGGUGGCAGUGGUGGAUAUAAAUGCUUGCUUUCAAUUAAAUCGAACGGAUUAAAUUCAUAUACAAAAUUUGUUGCGAUUACAUUUUCAGCGACGGGUGAACAAUUAUCCACGGUUCCAUUUGAAUUUGAUAUACAACAUGCACCUGAUGCUAAAACUCCUGCAACACUUAAUCUGAAUAAUGGAGGUUGGUGUAUCGGGGUAUAUUCCCAAAAUGUUGGAUUAGAUUGUCUUGUUUAUGAUGAAAAUGGGGUACAACAUGAUACUUGGGGAAUACCAACCGGAAAUUAUGGAGCAUUAGGUGGUACUCCUAAUAACAUUAUGUGGGCUGUAAAAUCUUUUUCAGAUCCCUUAUCAUGGAGUAUGUAUUUCUCCGACAAACUUGUUGGAUUUAAUGGAAAAAGUUUAUAAUUAAAUACUGUAUUUAUAUUUGUAUUAUAAAAGUUAUUUACAAAGCAAUAAUAAUAAUUCUUAUUUAAUUUAUGAUAAUACAUUUUUUAUUUUUCAUAAAAAUUGUUUAUAGUAGGAGAAAUUUCUCCGAUUCAAGUUUACUGAUUAAGUAGGUGAUGAAUGAUUUUAAUAAAUGAUUAUCUUUUGGUUUUUAUGUACACGUUACACAAACAAAAUAUCAAACUUUAUUAUUAUUAUUUGGUUUAUCAGCUAAUCCUUUGUCAAACAGAUGUCCC